AAAAUAAGAAAAAGAAUGCAUUCAACCAAAAACAAAAAUGACAUUCUCUCCAUUCUACAAAACAAAGACUAGUCAUUCCUUCCACAAACCAUGUUUCAGAUCAUGCUGUUCCAUUCUUCUCUUUUCUAUAUCUUCUUAAAAUAUCUUUAACAGUUAGCACAUUCUCUCUCUCUCUCUCUCUCUCUCUCUCUCUCUCUCCAAUCUAAAUUAUGCCUGUAAUCACAGGACACAUGAAAUGGAGAAGACCCAGAAACAAAUUAAGACACCCCAAUUCAGAAACUGAUCCAAAUUCACAACUUUCUUCUUCUAUAAUCCAAUCCACUUCUUGCAAAUCCACAAUCACCACUCUCUUUUCCACUUUCUCUAACAACACAUCCAAUGAAACCACACAUGACAGUAACCAAAACAGAACAAAAAAGAACAAUGGUAACUUUUCUGCAGCAACCUUCAGAGGACUCGGUUGCACAGCCGGUACAUCACAACAGGUGUCUGUACCGGCUGUGAUUCGAUCCUCUGCAGAUUGGGAAGGAAAAAAGAAUAGAAAAAAGAAACAUAGAAAGAGCAGCAAUAAAACAUGUCAUGGUGUUGAUGAUGUGGAUUUUCAGGAUGUUUGGUGUGGACCAGGAAUUGGGUUUUCAUCUGAUGUUGCUGAUGUUGCUGAUGUUUCUGUGGAUUGUGUUGUGUCAAGAAAGAAUGUUUCUUCAAGAGGAAAAUUUGAUAAUGGGGAAAGAGUAACACAUAGGGAGCGUUCAUCUUAUUUUGGAAGGAGAAAUUUAAAUCAAGAAAGUUUAUCAUUUUUGGAUGAUGAUUCUGAUGUGUUGACAUCACGUCAUGGAUUAGAAUCUUUUGGCAAUAGUAGAUUCUAUAGAAAUUCUUCACAUGUUUCAUCUGAGAUAAUGAUAAUUCAAGGAGCAAGAUUAAUGGGGGGACGAUUAAAUUCACGUGACCAAUUUAGAGAUUGGAGACUUGAUGUUGAUAAUAUGUCAUAUGAGCAAUUGCUUGAGCUAGGUGAAAGAAUUGGUUAUGUGAAAACAGGACUUAAAGAAGAUGAGAUGAAACAGAACAUAAAGAAAAUUAAGCUUUUGAUUUCAAAUGAUACAACAAAGCAUCAAAUAGACAAAAAGUGCACCAUUUGUCAAGAGGAGUAUGAAUUAGAUGAUGAAUUGGGGAGAUUAAAUUGUGAACAUUGCUAUCAUUUUCAAUGUAUAAAACAAUGGCUUGUGCUUAAAAACUUCUGUCCGGUAUGUAAACAUGAAGUCGCGGUUCGACACUGACUCAAGCGCCGCAAACGCAACCCUAAUUUUUUUUUAUCCUUUUCUAAAUUUGUGUAUAGAAUUUCAUAUGCAAUCUUUAUCAUAUCUUUUGAAACUAUAGGUUUUCUUUUGAAUCUUUAUCUAUAUUUGGUAUUGGUCUCUUCAUUGGAAGAUGCUUUUGUAUAGUAUACUCAAGAGUGGGUCUUGCUUGUGAACAAAUUAUCCUUUUUACUUUCCUCAUGAAAUUGGUGUUUGAAUGCUCUUCA